AUGGACGGAUUGCUCAUCGACUCCGAAGACAAGUACACCAUGAUCACAAACGAGGUUCUUGAGAUGUACGGCAAGCCCAAGCUUCCCUGGUCAAUCAAGGCUCAGCUACAGGGACGCCCGCAACCGGAGGCAAGCAAGAUCUUCCACGACUGGGCCAAGCUACCAAUUACCCCCGAAGAGACUGCCGUAAAGCAACUCGCCCUGCAGCAAAAGUACUUCCCGCAGUGCUCACCCCUACCAGGAGUCCCGACUUUGCUAGCCAAUCUUGUAUCGACGCAGUCCACCAAUCAGCCUGUCCACAUCGCUCUGGCAACCUCAUCGCACAGCAAGAACUUCGAGCUCAAAUCAGCCCACUUGACAGAGCUCUUCGAAGCGUUCUCUCAACCCCAACGUGUUCUAGGCGAUGAUCCACGCAUUGGAAAGGGUAGAGGCAAGCCGUUGCCGGACAUUUACCUUCUGGCUCUGGAGACUAUCAACGCGGACCUUCGCAGCAAGGGCGAGACAGAGAUCAAGCCCGAGGAAUGUCUCGUUUUUGAAGAUGCUGUACCCGGUGUCGAGGCUGGUCGUCGUGCUGGUAUGCAGGUUGUCUGGGUUCCCCACCCGGGUCUUCUGGAGGCAUACAAGGGCCGUGAAGGAGAGGUGCUGGCGGGACGCACAGGGGCGCACAAGGAAGAUGAAAAGACAGCAGCAGAGAAGGAAGCCGAGGAGUUACAAGCUUGGCGGGUUCAGGAUGCUGGGAAGCCGGGUGAUAUUGGUGAUGGAUUUGGCCAAAUUUUGUCUACUUUGGAGGAUUUCCCAUAUGCACGAUAUGGUAUUCAGCUGCCAUGA